GUCGACUUAGAGAUCAUGUGACGUCAAUCAACUCGCAGACACAUCGUCAUUUGACUCCGUGCGCCCUCCAGAAUGUCUCAACAAACAGUCUCGACAUCCAACCCUACAUGCAACGAUCCUACCGAUCAUCAUCUGCGAGACUGGUCAGAGUCUGGAGUUAACGAGUCCAUGUCGCCCUUCACCGACGAUAUCGGGCACCACGACGGGAUGUACCGAUCUCUCAGCACGGCGAAUCCAUUCAGUCCGUCCCAGACCCUUGGUUCAAGACCAUUCCGAGCGGGCGCUUUCGCACCCGUUUUGGAGCCAGCGGCGGAUGCUAGGGAAUCACUACUAGGUAAAUUCCUAGACAGAUUCCAAGAUUCGUUUGAGCCAAGCGAAAAACUCGAGUUCAGACGUAUACAACACGAAUUCGUCUUCGAUUCUCAAGGAGUGAACUUCCGACACACUUCCUAUUGGACCGGCCAAACUGCAGUCACUCCAGCUAUCAACUUGAUGAAUCCUUUCCAGCAAGAUAUCGCCCGUAGUUUGACUUCGUAUGGGGGAGAUAUCAGUAAAGUUGCCAUAUACAGGAGGUGGGAUGAUGGGCCGAAAAUGAGUUUUAGCGAAUGGAAAGUGAGGUCGAACGGGGACAAUACAGCCGAAUGGAUCUGUGAAGUCACGCAGUCAAGGGCAGGAUGUUAUAGAGUCAAAAAGAAGUGUUAACAGCCGGGGAAGGUCUGCAGAAAUCGGUCUAUAGAAAGUUUUUCAUAUGUUAUUUCUCGGUGUACUAGUACGAUGAUCCACAACGAACACUUAUCGUCUAAGCUUCU